AUGUCCGAAUUCUCGUUGCAAUAUGUUCCGCAAAAGGCAGUAAAUGGACAGGCAAUAGCAGACUUUCUCGCUCAUCACCCACCUUCAGAGCUCAUGGGGUUUCGCGAGUUGGAAUUCGCUGCUGUAGCACUCGCUCCAUGGACCCUUUACUUUGAUGGAUCACGAACUGAUACCGCAGCCGGAGCCGGGAUAGCCAUAGAAAAUCCCGUAGGGGAUCGCUUCUCCUACUCGUUCCAGCUCGAUUUCAAAUGCACCAAUAACCAGGCCGAAUACGAAGCGCUCAUCAUCAGACUGGAAAUUUUGUUGGACUUAGGAGUCCGCGAAGUUCAGGUCUUUGGCAAUUCUCUGUUGGUCGUCAACCAGCUAGUGGAGAAUUUCAAGUGCUUAAGCUCGUCCAUUGAACCAUACUUGCGCAAGGCAUUUGCACAUAAGUUCAUUAUCGUCGCCACCAAUUUUUUUACCAAAUGGGUCAAGGCAGAACCACUCAAGGUUGCCUCUGCUAACUCAGUCCGUAACUUCAUUUUUCGCAAUAUUAUUUCCCGCUUUGGUAUUCCGGAGUGCAUCGUUACGGCUGAUUCAGUCGUUAAAUAUUUAAGCGACUAUGGUAUCAAACUCCUCCACUCUACGCCAUAUUAUGCACAGUCCAACGGCCAAGCCGAGGCUAGUAAUAAGGUCAUCCUUGGCAUUCUCCGGAAGAUGUUGGAGUUGAACCCCCGUGUCUGGCAUGAGGAGCUUUACCACACAUUGUGGGCUUACCGCACUUCAAAGCGCAGCCCGACGGACACUACCCCGUAUGCUCUUAUGUAUGGUCAUGAUGCCGUCCUUCCCCUCGAGAUCAAUAUAGCUUCGCUCUGCGUUCAGGAACAACACCAACUACUUGGCGAAGAUUACGCCCAGGCUAUGUGGCAGGAACUUGAAGAUCUCGAUGAACACCGCGUCACCGCUUUCAACAAUCUCAUCCUCGAGAAACAGCGCAUCGCGCGGUCGUACGACAAAGUCACGCGAGAACGGUGCUAUGCUGAGGGCCAAAAGGUGUGGCGCGCUGUCCUUCCACUUGGGGAAAAAAACCGAGGGCCGAGGCAAGUGGUCAGCUCGAUGGGAAGGACCCUUCAUUAUUCAUCAUAUACUCCCCAAGGGGGCAUACCACUUGCGCGACCUGGACGACACCAUUCAUCGCAAUCCUAUAAAUGGCCGUUUCCUCAAGCGACACAUUGCUGGAGUUUGGGAACGCGAGGAUCCUCCCCUAAAUCCCCCCCACCACGGUCAAUAGUGCUACACGUCAUCGCGUUCUUGCUUCGCCGCCCAACACUAGGGGGUAACCCGGGAUAG